AUGACGACUCUCGACACCACGGCUGCUGUUGAGCUGUUGCAAUCAUCUGCUAUUUCUGCUCUGCAUGCUGGAGAGUAUGAAACGGCUGUAUUCCUCUGCCAUCGAAUCAUGUCUUUGUUCCCUUUGCCAUCAAUCAGUCAUGGCAUCUUCCUGCUUGCUCGGGCUCAAUACCUUAUGGGAAACCACAGAGCUGCUCUCCAUACACUUACUGACACUGUUGGUUCGACUCCCACCAUUCCAACCACGUACUUGCAGGCCUUGUGCUAUUCCAAUAUGGGCUUACUGUCUCAGGCAAAUGCCUCGUUUACCAGUCUGGUUCGGUUGCAUAACUCGACAUCAAAGACUGGAUCUGCUGGUCCUGUUACGGACUACACUGACCAAUAUUAUGGCAAUGCUGCUGCUGGAUUGGAUAUAUCCUUUUCUGUCCUUUUGUCCAUUGGACUAGUCAUUCCCUGGGCUAGCGUAUAUUGCAAAUUGGGUCUAAUUCAGAGACGGAUGGGUCUGGUAGAAGAUGCUGUCAAGUCUCUCCAUACUACUUUGGAACUGGAUCCGUUGAACUGGACUGCCGUCAAGACUCUCUGCGAAAUGGGAUUUCCUCCACAAAGAGACCAUGUUUUUGAACCCACGGCCUUGUCUGCCCAUUUCAAAUCCAUAAUGCAACACAUUGGCACAUCACAUCAACCAAUUAGUGAGCAGAAACAGGAUCUGGAAUCACAUGCAUCAUCCUUGCAGCAAGGUGGAGCAUACACUAGUACGCGGCUAAGAUCGAUCCGAAAGGUUGAUUUACCAACCACUCAACCAACACUUGGCAGAAGAGUGGCUGCAAGAACGGAUUCUAAAAUUACUGCUGGAUCUGCACAUAGAAAACGCACAAGAGAUGAACACACAACUACAGCUCCAUCUUUGUCUCAGCAGUCGUCUGGUAAAACAAAAACUCAUGUAUCUUCUCAGUCAAAGGAUAACCAAGCUCAAGAAACCAACCAAACUGCAACUGAGUUGGUAUCCUCUACUUUAAAGGAUAUUUUAUCUGGAUAUGCUGCUUUAUGUACGUUUAAUAUCCCUCGUGCUUUGAGAUGGUUUAAAAUACUUUCUGCUUCACAGCGACGCUCUCCUGAUAUUCUCAUUAUGAUUGGCCGUGCAUACUUUGAGGCUACAGAUUAUGAAUUGGCUGCAAGAGCGUUUGAGCAAGCCAGGAGAUUACAGCCUGCACAAAUGAAUGAGAUGGAUACAUAUGGCACUUGCUUAUGGCAUUUGCGCAAAGUGAUUGAGUUGAGCUAUCUUGGCAAAGAACUUGAGCAAGAGAAUAGACUUGCGCCUCAAACUUGGUGUGUUAUUGGCAACUAUUUUUCACUUAAUCAGGAACAUGAUCAAGCUAUUCAAUCCUUUCAACGGGCAAUCAAGGUUGAUCCUGAGUUUGUCAAUGCACACACGCUGAUUGGCCACGAGUACCUUACAAGUGAAGAUUUAGAAAAUGCAGCUAUUCAUUUCCGCACUGCGCUACGACUUAAUCCAAGACAUUACAGUGCUUUGUAUGGACUAGCCUCUCUUUUAUAUAAACAGGAAAAGUACACCAUUGCAGAGUUUUAUAAUAACAAGGCGAUGAAACUGUGUCGGUUUAAUUUGGCGUUACUGGAAUUUGCAGGAGCUAUUGUCAGUAAAGAUCCAAAGCGAUUGGAAGUAGCAUUGAAGAUUUAUACGCAUUGUGGGAAACUAGCCCCACAACGCACAUCUGUCCAGUUGUCCAAAUCAAAUGUAUUGACUCAGCUUGGAAAAUUUCAGGAGGCACUGGAAGUACUUGAAUCGAUUCUUUUGAACAAACGAGACUCGAAUGUGUAUUUUAAAAUGGGCGAGAUAUAUGACAAGAUGGGCGAUGCAAACAAUGCACUGCUGUACUAUAGCAAAGCGCAUGAUGGAAAAUCACGCAAGAUUUCAAAGGAUGUCCAAGAAGCCAUGCGGGGUAUACAAGAUAAACUAGACAAGGCAGGAGCAAUAGAAUCAUGA